GAAAACGAAUCUCAGAUAGUUCAGAAAAAUAUCCAGGAAGAACUUGAAACAAAGACACAUGAGAACGAAAACAUUAAGGUACCAAAUAAAUAUUGUAUUUUUCUUUUCACUGCAUGUCAAAUGCAAAUUACACGUCAAAACAACGAGCGAUGGAUAACUCAAUGGAUGGAGAACAAUAGAAUUUUCAAAACAAUGAAAAGGCAAUGAAAAAUUCCGAUCAAUGAAUCCUGACAGGAUGGCACAAUUGUUGUGCUUACACUGCUUAGUGAUAUGCUGGGGUGGGGUAGUGUAUUGCAAAGUGCUAUAUUCAAUCGACAUCUUAAUUGGUUUCUGGGAACUGCCAACAACACAGAUAUCGUGAUAAAGGCCUAAUUCCACGACAAGCGGAAUGCGAAAAAUUUCGCGCGAAAAGGUUGAACGCACGCGCAACAUGAUUUUGGAAUCUUCACCAGGUAGUUGAAUUUGUUUCUAUUCCGUUGCGAAAUGGAAAUAGCGAAGCCAAUCAAAUGCUUCUGUUUUGGAUGACAAAAUAGCGAAACCAAUCAAACGCUUGUGUUUUGGCGAAUUUUUUCUUUACUGUGGAAAUCACUACGAGAGAAAAGUUUCGCACAAGUGUGUUUUCACGCGAAAGUUUUAGCAUUUCGCUCGUCAUGGAAUUAGGCCUUAAGACGUGCUAUCUUGUGCAAUUAUGAUCAGGCUAGUUCCAUUUUGUUCCUAAUUUCAUGCACUUAACCGUAGCGACAUGGUAACAAUGACAAAACGAUAUAUAAAGUGAUGUUUGUGUUUCAUGUUAGGUCCAGCUGUCAGUGAUUCAUGCGGAAAAGCAAACGCUUGAACAACAGGUAAAAUAUUUAUAUCUUCUUCACAUGUAAACUGUUCAAGGGAAGCUACCAUUAGUAGUACAACCUAUUAAUUGUGAUAAUGGAUAUAUUAUAGCUUCAUUCUGUUAUUGAAAACAAUAAAAUAAAUUUGGAAAAUCUUGAUGCAAAGCUGAAUCGCGUGAAAAGCGAAUGUGAGGCGCUGAAACAAGCAAAAGACGCCCUGCAAAGUGAAUACGAAAACUACAAGGUAUUGAAGACAUGAAUUUACAUAUACUGCAUGUAAAUCCUCCAAUUAGCCAAUCAUUAAUCUGCCCAACUUUUUUUAAUGGCAAAUAUUAUUAACACUCUUCACAAUGUGGGAAAAUAUGACUGCAAGUACUGUAAAAGGUAGUGGCGAAGCUAACCAUAUUAAAUAUUCAUAUUAUUUAAACCUAUAGAAAUCUAUUGUCUUUAAACUAUUCUGGUGCAGGUGUAUUAGCAUAGCUUCACUGGUAAAAGCUUAUAUUGUACCAAAUAAUUGAGGAAAAUUAACACGUAACGUUUCAAUUUAAAAAUCUUUCAGACGAGAGUGCAUAGUGUUUUGAAGCAACAAAAGGCAAAGCCAUCAACACCAGUAGCAAAUAUGGAAGCUGAUGAAAGGUAAAUUAAUUUAAGCGUUGAACUGUCUUCACUUUUAUUAUUGUAUUACCGUCACUUGUAAGUAAGGAUGAACGGUCGCAGAUAAAACAUUGUCUAUUCUCAUGACAAAGUUCAAUGUGUUUACCGAGAAAUUUUAAUGUUUGUGAUGAGUAUUUGAUGGUUUCAAUCAGCUUGGAGCUGGUUGAACGUGAUUGGCUGAUCAGAUUAAAACCUGUCAAGUGCUCUCAACAAACAUUGAAGAUUCUCACACGAAUAGGCAAUGUUUUUACGAACGUCGUUCAUCCUUAGGUGCAAGCGACGGUAUAUACUUGUAGCACAUUGUUAUUAAAUUUAGAAAUACAAUCCUGGAAGAAAUAUAGGUAUGGACUACACAGGUAUUGGACUAAAACUGCUCGCUUUUUUUAAUGAUGAUGAUAUAAAGUGUUUUAAAACUUGUCUAAUGCGUUUUAAGAUUCAUCAUUGUACGUGGCUGGGGGAAUAAAAACUCCCAAAUUUAAAUAUUAUGACUGUUAUUUUUUUAGUUUUCAUCUAAGUGAACACAUAAUUUUAACCUACGAUCGGGCCUUUAUUUUUUGCCAGGAUUGUGAAGACGAUUGCAUGCGACACAAGUAAUGUACGCCUUUCUAAAUUCAAUGAUUUUAUAGUAAAAUUUUGCAAAUAUAAUUUUCAGAUCACAACUGCAACAAAAUGUGUUACAGCUUAAAAUAAAACUUCAGGAGACAAGGUUUGUAUAAAAACCUUCAUUAUCAUGCAGUGAUGCAGAGCCAUGUUACGCGAGGUAUAUCCUUACCAGGGCCGCCGAGAGGUUGCGCUGAACCUGGAGCAAAACGUUUCCAGGGAGCCCUAUGACGUCAUAAUUGUAAAACAGAAGAUGAGGUGUUUUACAAUAUAUUGCACUUCGUUGCAUAUUAUCUGACUAAGCUAGGAUUUAUAUUCUAGGUUAAGUAAUCUUGUAUCAAGAAAAUUUAAAGGACUUUAGUCGAUUUGGAGGCCCCACUUCAGCUGGGGGCCUGAGGCAAAAUGCCCCCCGCGCUCUCGGCGGCACUUAUCGUUGUAUAUCAACCUCCAGUGCAUUUUUCCUCCACGGCUGAAGAUCGGCGAAAAUGGUCCUGGAAUCGGUUGGUCACAUGACACCCAUUUCUGGGUAUUUUGAUACGAUAGUUAUUGGAAUACGAUAUAGUUGUGCGAAAAAUUAAAUAUUUGUUGUUUGAGAAGUAAUGAACAAUUUGCUAACUUGUUCACCUAAAGACUUUAUUUUUUGCAUAAUUCUUCCUAUAUCCGCGAGUCCAGCAAACAUAUAGCACAGCAAGUAUAGGACGUAAGUGAAUCUUCACUUUUCUCUCGGUAUUUUCUUAAGUUUGCCGGUGUAAUUUGAAGACAAAACAAUUUUAAAGCACUAGAGCUGUUUGAAUAAAUUAUACUGCAGGAUAAUCAAUGCGUUUUUGAAAAGACCAAUGCGAUUGUAGAAUUGUAUUACGAUAUAUAAUGAAAAGAAUCAACAUUAUUUUCUUCCUCUGGUAACUGCUACAAUCUAUAGAAAAUUCCUCAUUGGAAGUCGAGAAGAUGGUUGUUUUUACAAUUGUGUAUUUAUUUGUGAUUUUGUUAUCUAGUGAGAAACUUCGAUCUUUACAAAGCGAUUAUGAAGACCUUGAGAACGAGAAUGAAAGAUUAACAACUGUACACAGUCAACUUUCCGUGGAUUCAGAAAAGAAGGAACGAUUCUGGAAAGAUAGGUAUGAAUGUAUAUAAAUCCUCUAUUGAGCUCCUGGGGAUAUUUAUUUCAAACACAUUCAACUGCUGGCGGGAAGGGGACUUAUUGAUUUAGCAGAAACGUAGUUAGUAAAGACAAGUAAAGACGCACUAAUCUGACGUAAACGUCCAGGCCAAGAACUGGUGUAAUCGGUACGCAUGCGUUUCUUUGUCGGGAGGGGGGCUGUUAACGGAAAGAGGCUUAAUCCUUUAAAAACGGGAAGCGUUAUAAGGUAGAGGGCUUACUUGAAGAGGAAUUUGCCGUAUAUAAAUGCACUUCACAGUAAUGCUCUGGAAAAUGGCCCUGUAGCUUAGGGACAGACGCAUGAUGAUAAUUUUGCCUCGGUCGCAUGUGAGAAGACUCUAAUUGUAUUCCUUUACCAAGCACCACAGGUUUCCACAGGCACUUUAUCCGGUUUCCUUUUGUAGCAACACUAUAGACCAGUAAACUAAACCUCUACGAUAACAAUUUAGAACUAAUGUAUUGUAUUUUCAGAAUCGAGAAAGUAUCACAAGAGUAUACAACAAAUCUUGAACAACACAAAGAAACGAUUGAACAUCUGACAGUAAAGAACGAAACAUUGGCAAAAACAUACAAGGUAAAAUUGAUCUAUUGAAGCAGAUUACUCUGGUUCCAUUUGUUCCCGUGCUGGGAUUAGUCCGAUUUUAAUGCUUCCUAUGAACGCAAAAUGCAAAUUUGAGCACAAUUCCCAGAGUUAAAAAUAUAACUUUGCUCAAGAAGAGUUGGGAUCAGUGUUGUGAGGAUGCUACGAAAAAUAUGUAUACAAUAUCAGUUGAUUUUCCCUUUGACGGUUUCAGUUUAUAGCCCCGCCAAUCAGCACCUUGCGCUAGGCCACGAAAAUGCCACUUAAGAGACGUGACAUUCAAACCUUGCUAAGAGGAGAAUUUCCAAUUUAAUUGCCAAAUCUUUUUCUUGUGGCCUUACACAGGAAAAGUAGUACAAUUCAUAAAUCCAUAGCAUGGAAAUCAUAUUUACACGACUAAGUCCACAGUGUAUCCAGAAAGCUGCGGAUUGAGAGAGAUACAACUAGCUCAGUGAGUGAAAAAUAAAAGCAGAAUUUCAACGUUUCCAGCGAAGGCCUUUCGUCAGGAAGUUAGUAGCCAGCCAACUUCCCGAUGAAAGUCGAAGUUCUGCAUUUAUUUUUCAGGUGGUUGAAUCUCUCUCAAUUAGCCAUUUCCCAAAGUCCUGGGUCUAGUCGCGCAAGUCCCAUGUUGGAAGGACAAGAAAUAUGGCAGCACACAUUUAAAUUAGAAGUUUAAAAAGGAGGUACUUCAUUUUCGGUCGUCUAAAAAGUUGAUAUUUGACGCCUGUCACCAUAUAUUUUGUCCCUCCAAACGAUCCCAGAAUGCACUGUGAUUUCUUUUGGGAAAAUGGCUAAUUCGCAGCUGUCUUGUUAUCGUCACUACCUACACUGGUACAGACCGUUCACAGUAUAUCCACCCUAUUUCAAUACUCAUUAAUCAAUAUUAUGCAUGGAAAUAGACAACUUGCAUGUUAGACUAAUUUUUUAUUUAGGCCAAAAAAGUAAAUUCCCGUAAAGAACUUAUUAAAAUCAGUAAAAUUGCAAAAUUUGGUUACGAAAUGUUGUAAAAUACAGAAAAUAUAGCCUUGCGAAGUUUGCAUAUUUUCAGUAUGUUUGUAUAUUACGUGCGGAAAUUGUUACCAUUUUUGAGCCAAACUUCGCAAGGCUAUAUUUUCUGCAUUUUACAACAUUUCGCAACCAAAUUUUGCAAUUUUACUAAUUUCAUUAUUUUCUUUUUAACUGUUGUGUUUUAUUCCCUUCUCUUUACCUAAAUUAAAAUUUAGUCUAACGUGCAAGUUGACCAUUGGAUUUCCACAGUAUUCCAACUAAAAUCUAUACUAUUUCCGUAGUAAGGAUUUUGAAAAAAAAUUGAAAAAAUGUCCGGUUUUAAAUAAUAUACAGUCGAGGCUAUUUGCAUUGUUACAAAUGAUCUAUAAAGUAACGCUCGUAUUUUCCGCGAUUGCUUUCAGGACAAGAUCCAAAAGAUGGAAGAAGAACAUAAAUCAAAGUUAGAAAAACUUCGUAUAGAAAUUGAUGACCUUGAGAAAGAACGUCAAAAACAAAUUUCGAAAGACAAGUCACGUUCAAGGGAAAGUCCGCCAUUAAAACUAAACCUUGGUGGAGAGACUGUACACUUGAGGUCUGAAGAAAGACAGGCAGGCGAGGUAUGUUCAAGCCAAGUAGUCCAUCUUAUGAUCACUUAAUGUCAGGGUAUACACAUUGUGGGGGAAACACCGGAUAUCUCGUCGCCCAUAUGGCAUCCAGCCUUGUCAAUCGCAGCCUUCUCUCCUAAUCAAAACAUGAUGAACACCCCAAUUCAAUUUCUCGUAUCCGAUCGGAUUCUCCGAAUAAACUAUCCGACUCACCUGGCAUCUGGCCAGAUAGCAACAAAUACUAUCCAGGGCAUCCCAAGCGUAUUGUCUGCAGUCACUCGGAUCUUUAUAUGUAAUAUGAGGAACGAUUUUCUAUUACAGGGAAUGGAAAACACGGAACUGGAGCAAGCUAAUGUUCCAAGUCAGGUAAAGAAUGUUCGUCAUCUUGUUUCUGAAGAAAAUGUUCUUCAGGAUCUCGAGAUGCUACAUAUACAGGUCUCUUGGAAGUACUUCCAAUUUUGAUUUGACAUGAUGGAAGCAUUUUAGAAGGGAUUUAGAAAUUUAGUUUGUCUCAUUUGAAAGGACUUUUAAAACAACUUUUUACAGCUUCUUCAAAUUUUGCUUAGUUCUCGAAAUAUUUUGACCGAAAUCAUCAAAUACCAGUGACAAGUCCGCCAUCUUUGAUUUGUGUGGAUAUGGCUGUUAGCCUCGGAAGAGGUUAUUUCGCUGGCCUCAGAGUGACAAAAAGCAACGGUUUUACUAACACUAACCCUAUUCCAAACACCAACUCUAACCCCAACUAUAAUCCUAACCUAACGCUACUCCAAGUUUGUUUCUAAACCAAUCUUGAAGAUAAAAGUUUUGACGAAAUGUCAUUUUGAGGUCCUCAUAGCCUGUUACGUCAUAAACGGGGUCACGCAAAUAUUUUACCCAAAUAUGCAAUGAUCAUUAUGAGUCCAAAAUUAAACUUCGGUCACCAGUUCAAAUAACAAAGUGACCGACCAGCCUAAACCUAGGUCUUCUAUUUUUAUUAAUUUGUGAGUUGUAAACUCACGUCUUAUAAACUAUUUUUUAAUAUUCAGCGCUUUUUCACAUGAGCAGACUGGAACCUAGAGAUACUUACCAAGUGCUAGCCCCGAAAUUGACCAAACCUGUCAAAGCCAGCCGAGUAAAGGCCUAGGUCUAGGCUGGUGACCGACAACAUUUUAAGCAUCUACUAAUUGUUAUUUGGUUAAACAAGAUAUGAAAAAUCGGUAACUAGGAGUUGUAUUUAUCAUUUGAAAAGUUCUACCAAAUAAGACAAACCAAAUUUUAUUGUCAUAUCUCCUUAAGUUAUCAGGUUUUUUAGUUUCCUUCAAACGUUUAAGUUAUUUAACGACAAAAGGUGAACAUUUCACAUAAUUAUGACCAUACAUGAUUCGUUUAUUUCAGCCAACUACACCAACUUCAGCCACGUCGUUUCACAGUGUGUCAUUAGAAACAUUGCUAUCUCCCACGAAAGGAGAAGGUAUGAAUGUUCACUGAUAGUAUCGGCUUCUUGGCAAACAGCAAAAUUUUUCAUUUCACGGAGAUUGUGAAGGAUGAUUGGUGAAAAUGUGAAAAUAAAAAGUUGUUGUUAAUUGCUGCUACUUUCCCAUUAUUACUGAGGUGCUCUGGCAAAUAUUUCGUAAUACCGCUACUCGCCACGAAGUUGUCUACGGAGGUAGUUCUUUAGAAGUUGCUAAUGAAUUCGGAUUGGAGCACCGAUUAAUUCAAUUUGGAGUCAAUGUUGACCUGAAAUUCUCGUAGAUGAUUGCAUGAGUGGGUACAUUCUCUAAAUUUAAAUGUUUCAAUAUGUCAUCAUUGAUGUUUGUGAUGUUACUCUGAGUGUGUAUCCACACCGGGCAAGCUUGAAAAACAUGCCUGACCACGGUGGGAAUCGAACCUACGACCCCUGGAAUACUAGCCCAAUGCUCUGCCAACUGAGCUACGCGAUCAGGUCGGUUCGAGAAUGUGAUAUUUCAGAACUGAGUCCAGUUCCAUCGAUAUCAAUGUAAUCUAAUAAUCAUGAUGUCAUCAUUGUUUUCACUAGAAUUACCAAGUUUGAGCGAGAGUGAAUUUACGCAGGAAGAGGUUAUAACUGCAAGACGUGAAAUAGAACAUUUAUCUGAGGUAGAA